AUGGACAUUAUUGGCCCUCUGCCUCUUUGUAAUAACUACAAAUAUUGUUUAACGCUUAUCGAUCGUUUUUCGCGCUGGCCAGAAGCUGUUCCCCUCCGCGACAUAUCAGCACGAACAGUGGCACAAGCAUUUUACGAUAAUUGGAUCGCACGAUUCGGCGCGCCACGAAUUCUGACAACGGAUCAAGGCGCUCAGUUCGAGUCUCAACUCUUUUCUGCCCUUUUAUCGCUCGUAGGCUGCAAGCGAAUUCGCACUACUGCGUAUCACCCAGCCGCGAACGGCUUAAUAGAAAGGUGGCAUCGCACCUUAAAAGCAGCCAUAAUGUGCCAUAACACACCAGAUUGGGUUAGCGUACUAUCAACGGUCAUGCUCGGAUUACGCACACACGUGCGCUUAGACACCGGCGCGUCCCCAGCGGAAUUCAUAUAUGGAACAACCUUACGUGUUCCAGGCGAAUUUUUCAUACAACAAAAUGUUACCCCGGACCCACAAAUCUUCCUUGAAGAUUUCCGCGAGUAUAUGCGCCAAAUAAAACCUAUACCGGCGGCACAUCACAACAAAAAACGCCCAUUUUGUUUUAAGGAUCUGUACUCUUGUACUCACGUAUUCCUUCGUUGCGAUGCGGUUAAAAAACCACUCGAACGACCGUAUACUGGCCCCUUCAAAGUUUUACAACGAGACUCCGAACAAGUCUUCACGCUUGAAACCAAUGGUAAACCUCAGAGUGUGUCCGUCGAAAGACUUAAACCUGCACACUUCAUUAAUGAUAAGACUGAUGUACCUAUUGUAACCGAUGCUCCGCAGAUUACUAAUUCAUGUAAUGCGUUACCAAAGACGUACUCUAAUCCUAAGAAACAUGUAGCUUUUAAGUUAACUUAA